ACAAAAUCCUACACUUCUCUGAGCUCGACAUGCACGCUGCAGAGUGGAGACAUGCAUGCAAGGCAGAUCGCACAAGGUAUAAAGUUCGGCCAGAGGCCUCCUUCUCUUCGAAAAAGUGAGGGGGAUGAGGGAAGCUCAGAUGAGGAAGAGGUUCCCCGAAGUCCUCUGAAGGUUUUGGCCCACGUAGAAGCUGAGCCGCCCAAAAUGGAACCAAAGGUCCAAGGAGCUCAAUCAUCUACGCAGCACAGCACGCCAGUGAAGUCCCCGAGGUCCAAACGGGUCCUUCCACCAACCGGUACCAUUGAGUCCAUCAAUCUAGACGCCGUCCCCCAGUCUGUCACUCGCCUGGACAACACCGCCGCCAAGCAUAAGCUCUCCGUCAAACCGAAAAACCAGAGGAUUUCCCGCAAACACCGGCGGUUCACACUGGAUCUCCAGGAGGUGUCUAUUCCUGGAGUCAUGCAGGAGGAGCUGGAGGCAGCCGACCAGCGCAGAGCAUCUCUGGAGUCCUCCAAGGAAAGCUUGAAGAAGCAGAGAUUCUAUGAGGAGGAAAUACUGGAGGCCCGGAGGAGGAGGGAGAUGGAGGAGCAACAGUUCAGAGAGGAAAUGGAGGAGAGGAAGAAGAGGGCAGAGGAGCUGAGGCUGCGUGAACUGGAGGAAGAGAGGAGUCGCAAGAAGCAACAGGAGGAACAAGAGAAGAAGAUGCGAGAGGAGGCAGAAAGGAGGAGGAAAGAAGAGGAGGAGCAAAAGAGAGUCAGAGAAGAAGAGGAAAAACGUAAGCAAGAAGAGGCUGAAAGACAAAGAGAGGAGGAUAGAAGGAUGAAAGAAGAGGAAGAACGAAGGAGGCAAGAGGAGGCUGAGAGAAAGGAAGAGAGGAGGCGACUGGAAGAGCAAAAGCAAGUAGAGGAAAAGGAAAGGAAGAGACGCGAGGAGGAAGAAAAGAGGAAGCGAGAAGAGGAGGCAGUGGCAAGGAGGCAGCGGGAACUUGAGGCAGAGAAGCGCAAAAAGCAGGAAGAGGAAAGGAAGAAAAAAGAGGAGCAGAAACUGAGGCUGAAGGAGCAAAAGAAACAGCUGGAACUGGAGGAGCAGAAGAAGAUGCUGAAAGAAGAGGCCGCUGGGGGCUCUGAUGAACAAGAGAGGAAGCGGCGAGCCGAGGAGCAGCGCUGGAGGGAGAUGGAGGAGCGGCAGAGACCCUUUUCCUUCAAGGUUUCCUCUGGAGAGAAACAGAUUCUCUUCCAGAAGGUCAACCUGACCCCAGUUACACCAGCCGCCAGCCAUCAGGGCACUGUGGACGCUGAUCAAAGGGAAGGCGCUACGGCUUCCUCCCAGGAGGGAAAAGACUCCCCCAACCUGCCGGCAUCUCCAUAUGUCCCCCACACAGCUAUCCUGGUGACAGGCGCCCAGCUCUGUGGGACAGCUGUCAAUUUAGACCAGAUCAAAGACACCGCAUGCAAGUCCCUACUGGGUUUGGGAGAGGAAAGAAAGGCCCAAGGAACGCCUUCCGCAACGGGCAAGAGCUCGCCGGACCGCAAAUCUGGAAAAACCAAGUCUCUCAGUGAGUCUCCGGUCUCCCCGGAUCAGUCGAGCGCAGCCGCACUGGCGGAGUGGGCAAGUAUCCGCUCAAAGAUAUUUAAGGGGGUCGAGGAUGGGAAGUACGAUGAGUACCCAGAUCCUCCGAGCAGGAAUCAGCCUCAACUCAGUAGUGAUGAGCAGCCUUCGUUUGCCCACACCAACCUCAGAAAAACAAUGUCCGCCAGUGCCAAGUUCUCCAUCAUCCCUGCAAAGAAGAAAUUUGGCGACUCAAACAGAAACUCUGAGGUUUUCAGCACAGAUCACAAGGAUGGAGGAGGAGAGGAAGCUGUUCGAUCCGACAGUCCUACAGCUGCGUCCCAAUCUCCAACCGUUAAACCUCACACCCGGACAAGCAAAACUGUUCGGAUUGUAGAGAGAGGCUCAGAGGAGUGCAUGUUUGCCAAAGACCUCCCGUCUUUCCUGGUUCCCAGCCCCGGGGACAGACCCGAGGGCUCUGAAGUAAAGAGCCGGCUUCAGAACAAGACGGAGGACGGGGAGGCGCAGGGACAGGAUGGUGAGGACAACCCCUCACCUUUUGGAAUAAAGCUGAGAAGGACAAACUACUCUCUGCGUUUUCACAGCGAACAGUCCACGGAGAAACGGAAGAAACGCUACAGCGCUGGAGACAGCUUCGACGGCGUCCCUUCACCUCUCACUCCGAUUGAGCCAGACUCUGAUGCCUCCUCCGUCUUUUCUGACAAAUCAACACCCACAUCGCCUCAGAAAGAGGGAGUAGUGAGCAAGUAUCUUCACACAUCUGUAUCUCCUGCCAUAACCCGGGGUAAGCUAGGCAAACCUACUAGCCCCGUUCCGCACAACGAAGGAGAGAAAGUCCUAUCCAAACCACCGCUCUACCGAAGACCAACAACAUCGCCCAAGCCCUCCGGAGCCACCCCAACGCCUCCUCCUUCUCCGCUACCUAAAGUAGCCCACGGGUUCCCCUGUGAGGAAGCGAUCCAGAGGACGGGUAGUCCGGAUCUAUCUGUCCAGGAGCAGGCUAGUAGAAGCGAAGACUCAUCAGCAGUGACUCAGCUGCACAGAGGCAGCCACAGUAAUGUCCAAUUAGAGGAGGAGCCAAAGGAGAAGAGGUCUUUCUUUCCCUCCAUCAACAUCCCUUGGAGAGAGAAGGCAGACAGGAAGGCAGAGCUCAUCAGGCGAGAAAAACCUUCCUUACAAGCCAGGCACUCACUGGACAGCGCACGGGUCCAGGAGAAGGAAGCCGGGCCCUUAUGGAUUACCCUGGCCCUGCAGAAGCAGAAAGGCUUCAGGGAGCAACAGCAGACUCGCGAGGAUCGUCGAAGCCAAAGAGAGGCCAAGCUAGCAGAGAAGCAUGCCAGAGAGAAAGACAGUGUUGCACUGGUGAGUCCUACAGACGGGAGAGAGAGCGGGGGAACCAGUCCUUCCUCCAAGCCUCAGACUCCUGAGGAGCCCAAAAGACCCGACAGCCUGCUGGGACGAUUCGAGCGCAGAGAUCCGCUAAAAAAGGCCAGCACUUUACCGAGCUCAGUCACAGUUGAAAUCUCAGACUCCACACCGUCGCCACCUGCUGUCAAGGACGUGUCAAAGCGAUUCCCCUCCAGCGACUCUCCCCAGGUGUCCACAGAGCCGGCCUGGCUGGCCCUAGCAAAACGAAAGGCCAAAGCCUGGAGCGACUGUCCACAGAUCAUCAAAUAA